UCAUCAUCUCUUGCAAUGGCCUUUCAAUUAGGAGCUUCUUCCUCUUCUUUAUCUUCAUCUCCUUCUAUCCAUCCAAGGAAUCAUCAUGUAAUCUUGAGCUUUAGAGGUAAAGAUGUUCGCCUCAAGUUUAUUUCUCAUCUAAACCAAGUUUUACGUCAAAGUGGAAUCAUGACUUACAUGGAUGAUGGCGACCUUGAGAGAGGAGAGCAAAUUUCAUCAGAACAUUUUAAAGCUAUUGAAGAGUCAAGCAUUUCGAUCACUGUACUUUCUAAAAAUUUGCAAAAUUCAAAUGCAAAAUCCAAAAUCCAUGGGGAUGAUGAGUCAGAAUUUAUCCAAAACAUCAUUCAGUGGGUCAACUCAAGAAUACUAAACCAGACGCCUCUAUGCAUUGCCACGUAUCCAAUUGUAAUAGAGUCUCGUAUACGAGACAUUUAUCAGCAUUUAAAUCUUGAAAGGAAUGAUAUUGUACGCAUGGUAGGGAUUUUCGGAAUAGGUGGAAUUGGGAAGACAACUUUUUCAAAAGAUAUUUAUAACAGAAUAUCUUCUCAAUUUGAUGGAAGUUGUUUCUUGAGCAAUAUUAGAGAUAUUUCAAAAAGUGGAGGUCUGAUUAAGCUGCAAAAAAUACUUCUUUCAGAGAUCUUAGGAAAAAAUUGGAUAUUUAUGAUGCUGAUAGAGGAGUCAAUGUGAUUCAGGAUAGACUUCGCUUUAAAAAGGUUCUACUAAUUCUUGAUGAUGUGGAUGGGUUGGACCAACUAAAAAAAUUAGCUGGAGAUCGCACUUGGUUUGGUUUAGGAAGUAGAAUCAUCAUAACAACAACAGAUCAAAAGUUACUAAAAAUCUUUGAAGUUGAUUCAAACUACGAUUUGAAGCUCUUGGAUGAAAAUGAAGCUCUUCGGCUCUUUAGCUUGCAUGCUUUCAAAAAAGACAAACCACUUGAUAAGUAUGUAAAACUCUCUAAAGUAAUAAAAUAUGCUCAGGGUCUUCCAUUGGCUUUAAUAGUGCUAGGAUCAGAUCUAAAAGACCAAAGUAUACAUCAAUGGAAAAGUGCAUUGGAUAAGUAUAAAAGCAUUCCCCCCAAAAAUAUUCAGAGUGUACUUCAAAUAAGUUAUGAUGGUUUGGAUGAUAAUGACAAGGAAAUGUUCCUUGAUAUUGCCUUUUUUCAAAGGAGAACCUUUGGCUAAUAUCAAGAAAAUAUUUGACAGUUGUGGUUUUUUUCCGGAUGAUGGUAUCGAAAGGCUUAAAGACAAGUGUCUUAUUACUAUUGAACAUGGAUAUAUUUGGAUGCAUGACUUGCUACAAGAUAUGGGUCGAGAAAUUGUUCGACUAGAAUCACCCAACGAACCUGGUCAACGUAGUAGACUCUGAUCUCAUGAGGAUAUCCGUGGAGUGUUGGAAGAAAGCACGGUAAGAGUAAUAAAAAACUUUGAGUUUUACAUUUAUUUCCAUUUAAAAAAGUGAAAUCCAGUAGAAACUUUUGGCCUUAUAAUGAAUUAAUAUAUAUAUACACAAAUGAAAUAUGUAAACAUAUAUAUAUAUAUAUAUAUAUCCUGUAAAUCAAAAAGAAUUUGUAGUUAUAUAUAAUAGAUCGUUUUGUUUAAUUAAGAUUAGGCAAUAAAAGUAUCAUUUAUCGUUUCUAAUAUCCUAACAAUUCAGUAAUUUUGCUAAGAAUUAUGUGCAUUCGCUUACGUACCAGGGCACAAACAAAGUUGCAAGCAUGAUAAUAGAAAUGCCCAAAGGCGAGGACGUGAUAAGGUUGAAUUCCAAAAUUUGUACAGAUGAAAAGACUUAGAGUGCUUAUCAAUCGUAAUGCAAGUUUUUCAAGUGGACCUAAUUAUCUCUGCAACGAAUUAAGAGUACUAGAUUGGUUUGAAUAUCCGCUACAAUCUUUGCCACCCGAUUUCCAUGGAAAUAAACUCAUUAUCUUUAAAAUCCGUGGUGCCUUCAUCAGGGAGUUAAGCUUCAUCAGGGAGUUUAAGAAUAUGACAAUUAUGGAAUUUCAUGAUUGUAAUUGCUUAACAAAACUUCCUGAUGUUUCAAGCAUCCCAAAUUUGAAGAACUUGAAGGCCAUAAAUUGUGAAAAUUUAGUUGAGGUGCAUAAUUCCGUAGGAUCCUUGAAGAAUCUUUGUCACUUGAGUUUUUUCGGAUGCUCUAAACUCAGAAUUCUUCCAACAAGCCUCAAGUUGAGAUCUUUACGCACCCUUAAUCUUAGUGGUUGCUUAAGCCUUCGUAGCUUUCCUGAAAUUGAUUGUGAAAUGAAAUCUUUAACUACAUUAGCUCUACCAUAUUGGAGUGCAGUAGAAGAACUACCAUUAUCAAUUGGCAAUCUUACUAGAUUUGAUGAAUCUUUUCUACGUGGCUGCAAAAACCUUAAGCAUCUCCCAAUUAACAUUAUUCUUCGGUUGCAACAUUUGAGAAGGCUUGGGGGUUGUACAAAUCUCCCAAUGGAAGAAAAGAUUUCAUCGAAUGAAGGACAACUCCAGGAAUUGGCGCGUCCAACAAAUUCAAGCAAUGGAAGCAGUGUGUUACAAGUGUUGAAUCGUCAAAAUUGUUUCCAAUCAGAAUCAAAUUUCUUUCCAAUAUCAAGUUUCUUUACCAUGUUUAAUUCUUCGGCCACUUUGACUAAUUUAGAUCGAAGUACAUUUGUAAGCCUUCCCACGAGUAUCAAAGGAUUUGUUGCACUUAUUGAGCUCUACUUGAAAGAUUGCAAGAAACUUGAAGAAAUUGCAGAACUUCCACCAAAUAUAGCAAAUGUAUUUGUUGAAGGAUGUCAGUCGUUAGAAAGAUUUCCAGAAGUAUCAAGAAUAUUGGAAUUCAAUGGAAGCCACAUUAGAUCGCUGGGUUUUAUUGGCUUGGAGGGCUGCAACAAAAUGCAUGAGAAGAUUUGGAAUUAUAAAGUGCCAAAUCCAUUACUGUGGAAGGGACAUUAUAAUGCUACUGUGUUACCAGAAAAUGAGAUUCCAGAGUGCUUAUGGUAUCAGAAAGAAUUUUUAGGAAAUAAAAUUGCUAAGAGAGGAGAUGAUGAUGUCCAAUUGAAAGGAAAUGAAGAAUGGGUAAUAAAUAUUGAGGGGCCACACCAUUUGGAGGAUAUAAGCGGAAUUGUAAUAUAUGUCUUGAGUAUUUUGUUCCUGAUGUUAAGAUAACCAGUAUCAGCUCAAAUUGUGUAUGCCGUAUCGAUAGUGAAGAAAGUCUAU